AGACUAGACUUCUUCAAUCCAAAUGGAAAUGUUCUAAAACUUUUUCUAGGCGAUUUUUUUCGCGAUGUGUGCGGCGAUGGAUGAGGAUCAAUCUUCUGACAAUGUCGAUCGUACAAGGGGUGUAUCUAUGAAUACAAUUGCUAGCCGUAGAGUAAAUUUAUGAAUGGAUAGCGGUUCGGUAUCAUAAGCUAGAGUGUCCCGCCGUUGCUUAUCUUCUCUCGUUUCCUUGCUCCCAUUGUGUCUUGAAGAUCGCAGCGUCUUCUCCUGCUGACCUUGCUGAAAUCUUCGCGCGGUCGUCGAGCCAAGAAGGGGUCCUUUAUCGGAGACGUUCUACAAGAACCGCAAGAAAGCGCAUUGCAGCGAGCAUUCCGCCCCCCGUGGGGCGGAGGCGGUACGGGUAGGACGAGAACAGAAGAACCACGGAACGAAAGGUUACUCGGUGUACCGUAGUUAAAGAAACUACUUGAACGGCAGGGGCCGCACGAGGCUUGAGCUGUGGUGCCACAACUAGCACGAGAUUACCACGUUGAUAGCCAGCAGAACGAGAACACCAACACCUCCUUUUCUUGCCAGAAAACGUAAACUUUGCCAAGUAAAACUACGAUAUCAUGGUGGACAAGUUGUCCGAGCUUCGGGGAAAAGCUGGCGUCAGCGAGCCGGCAAGUCGCUACGGAUCCCUGGACGAAGCUGACGCAGAUGAUCUUGGUGGCUGGGGAGAAGGGAAAACGUUAAUGACCUCGCUCGUCGAAACUUCCAAGGUAUAGCUUUCCACUAGUUUUGCGGCAUCUACUUAUGUGGGUACGAAGCAGAAGCAGAUUCAACGUGAACGUUGAUGAUUUCUUGUUGUGCUACAGAAGUGCUGUCAUCUUGCUCGUGGCGACAGCACAGCAUGAGCUUUUGCAUCGGGGGAACUAUGAAAGAAAAUUUCUUCUAAAGAUGAAGUCAAUAAAAAAAAUGGUGCAGCCUAAGGAAUUCGAACUGGCACAUCUUAUUUUACACGUACAGGAACUUCUCCCUAUGACCGAUUCCGUAAGGGAAACCUCGGACCGUGUGCGCGAGCUGACCCGGCAAGCCGUGAUGGCCACUUCCGCAGAAAAGGAGCGGAAGAUCGGGGCGGCCGUGUCCAAGUAUAUCAACGAGGGGAAGGAAAUAUGCAUUGCACGAGCAUCGCACUUCUAGGGGGAGUUGCAGCGUUGCAAAUUUUUCAAGAAGCAGGAAUAGCUAAAGGCAAGCUGAGUUUGUCAUGCCGAUCAAAGUUGAAAAGAAAACUUGUCAUGCGAUAUUGCAACUACUAGGACAAGCACGUCGAUGCUCUUGUAAAAAUGCAUAGGAAAACAUCAUGCAGGUGAAGAACAUGCUGGACGAGUUGAAGUAUCCUGUGCAAAAGUAUCGUACUCGUAGUAAUUGCAAUCAUCCAUUACAGAUUUUUUUCUAAAGGUGCACUCGCAUUUCUUAUGCUGAGGGAACAAUAUCAAAUCGUUCCCUCAGCAUGAGAAACUGCCCCAAUUUGUCAUGCAUUUAUACGAGUGCCGUACUUCUGCAAUGCAUAUGAAGCGGCUAGAGAUCGAGGAGGGAGACACCAUGAGCCCGGCGGAAACGCAGAUGGUGCACGCGAUCAUAAGGUCGGCUAGUCAAAGGUUCAAACUGAAUAUCACCGACUACAUGAAGGUAUGAAUAUGAGAAGAUCAAGACUCUUUUUUUUGUGAAGAUUUUCUACCGGAAUCGGAAUACAAUUAAAAUUAAUGCUUCAACCGUCUGACUCCGUGACUUUUUGAGUUCGUGUUGUUGCGCGACCUUCUCUCCAUCUACUGCCCUGAGACGAAACGGAAAGAACGCUCAAACACACACAUCAGGCCCAAGAGGAGUAUAAGACGGCAGUAAAAUCAAAAGUCGAGCGCCAACUCCGAAUCGCGUAUCCUGACGCCGCAGAGGAGGAAAUUCAGCAGCUUGCAGAGGAGGAUCCGCUCAGCGUCCGAGAAGCGAUUCAGGCACAGCUGAAGUCCGGCGGGAAAAACUCACUGCAGGUAGAGGAGGUUUUGUUUGUUCUGUUUCUUACAUGAUGCCAACAUGGGGAUCAACUUAAUACUACUAGUGAUUGUACAUGUACGCACUGCCACUGCAUUUCUAUUCUAUCUUGACGGAGACAACUUGGCGCACUUGAAGAUUCUUGAAGAUGUUCUUGAUCUCAACAACUACUACAGUCCACAUUGUACGACCUGCACGAGAAGUAUGGAACUGUCAGGAUUGAAAUCGUCAAAGUUGAAAUAAUUUCUCAUGCAUAAAUUGCAGGGCAUGAAGUGCCUCUCUUGCAGGGAUGGCAAGUGGGGCAGAUUGUGAGCCUAUUUGGGGUUUGAAAUAGCGCUGCUAAAAGAGCAUGGCAAAAGCCGUCUUCUGUGCCCAAACAGCAUGACAAAUUGGAUUCCGGUGCUCCGAAAAUUUGUCAUGCGCCACUUGAAAACUGGGUUCCAACUGGCAUCCACUUUAUGCAUGACAAAUUGUUUCAACUUUGUCGAUUUCAAACCUGACACAUCCAUAAGAAGUAUUCGGAUAUGAAGAAGUUAGAGGAGUCCGUGCUGUAUCCUGUGCAAAAGUAUCGUACUCGUAUUGCAAUCAUGCAUUACAAAUCUUUAUCUCAAGGUAAAUCCGCAUUACAAAUUUUCUCUCUCAUGCUGAGGAAAUUUGUAAUGCAUGUAUACGAGUACGAUGCUUUUGCAGUUCAUAUGCUGGAGUUGCACGACCUGUUCCUUUUUCUCUCCGCCUUGGUGGACGAACAGGGCAUGAUGUUGGACUCGAUCGAGGCCAACGUGGAGAAUUAUGAAAAUGCAUAACUCAUUUCCCUCUACAUGCCUCUCAUUUUUCAUGCAGAAUACUAAGCCUAGCCAUAGCGCGUUGUCGUUGCCUCGUGCUUGUGGACCACUUGCAUGACAAGCUACAGCUGCACGCCAACCCGCACUAGUACAACAUUCCGUGUGGGGAUUGGUCAUGCCUUUAAAAAUAGCUACAUCCCUGUUCUUGCUUCAUCUGUUGCUGCCCAUGUUAUUUAUACUUAUUCGACACAUCACAAAUGGGGAGACGAGGAGGAGCAGUUCCACUUGUGCACUUUCAUAAGAACACGCGAGAAUACACGGGCGUGGCGGUUGAGCACCUCGCGGAGGCGAAACGAAGUAAGGACGCCUAUGACCGGAAGCGGUUUUGGUUCUACGCCAUGAGCGUCGUUUCCGCCAUCGUCUGUAUACUAGUCAUCCUCUGCCUCCUCGGACCCAGCUUGCACUUCUUUUCGAUGUUUCUUCCCAGCGGCGGCGGGAGCAAUGCAAACAACCACGAUCAACAUAACAGCAUCAACAACAAUAACCUCCGAGGGGGAGGCGGUGGCGGACUGCCACCGGCACAACCGAACGGAUAGAAGGUUACUGAGUGAUGCCGUAGCUGCGGCAGUAGCAGUACUUCUACAAGCGUAGCUGCUCACACAACUCCGCGCAAAGUAGUUUAUGCUUUUGAAAUUAGUAGAGAUGAUGAUGCCUACCAUAUACCAUUUACCAAAUCAUGGACUAUCUUGUAAAAAAUGCCUUGAAGAAAUUGACAAGUUGCCUCGCAACGACCGCAAUGUACUCUAAGUGUUGACGGACUUCUUGAAUGCCUUUAACUUUGUCGAAAUUAAACGAACGAGGAGAAACACAGGAGACACGCGCAGCUGGCGCGCUGUCUUCUAGGUGAAAUUGUUUCUCUUUGUAGGUGGAAUGCAAGUGGGUGGCGAAAGUGGUGGGCGUAGUACGGGCCUCUUUUGACGAUUUUUGGAUGCAUUUGUACAACUACUAACUUCCGUGAUCAUAAAUUGUGAAGAUCACGACCACGAUCAGUGCGCGUGGCAUGUAUCGAAGUGUCGUGCAUCUAUCAAUCUUUCCAUAUCGUGAAGAUCAAGAUUAACCUCUUCUCUUCUUGUAGCCUCUUUUGCAAUUAUCACCAUGAUGCGGAUCAUGUGAUAGUGAUCAUGUUGUUGAAGGAAGAACAAGAACUGAAAGCGCCAACAAAAUAAUAACUAACUCCAACAUUAUCAGCAUCAA